UCGGAGGACGCUCCUCUGACUCGACUCGUGGGAAAAUGAGCAAACUGACAGGACUCAACUUGGAGGACAUGCUUAAUGUUACUGCACUGGAAGGAGUUGGACAGACACAGGAGCCUAACGUUGACCAGCUGCUUACUAAGCUAAGGAGGUUUCAGCGAGAUAAAAGAAUACUGGAAGAGGAACUUGAGGAGGUCAAAUCAUUCAGUGACUCUCUGCGAAGAGAGUUGGCAAAUUUACAAACUGAGGCUUACCAACUUGAGGGCAUCCACAUGGAAAGAGAAGAGCUUUGCAGGAAGCUACAGUUCCAGUUUGAAGAUUUGGAGCAGGAUUCUGCCAGGCAAUUAAACCAGAGCAAGAAAAGUGAGGAAAUGAUGGAACAGUACAGAUGUGAAAUCCAGGAAUUCAAGCUUAAACACCGGAAACAGAGAAUGAAGUUUGAACAGCAACUUCAUCAGCUGAUAGAGCAGCAUAAGAAUCUGCACUCCAUCUUUACUCUGGAAAGGCUCCCAAUUGAAAUCGAGACCGCUGAGAACAGAAAGCUUCAGCUGGUGUCCGCUGAAGAGCUGAAGAUGGCUAAGCUGUAUGAGCUCAACGAGGAGCUUGAAGACGUCAGGAAACAGAAGCAGUCAGGUACAGCAGCUGCAGAUACUCCUCAGCAGUAAAUCUACAUAUGCAGUACUUGUUUUUGACCAUCAGGGGUUCAAGUCCCAUGCUUUCCUCUCAGCUAGAAGCACUAUGAACACUUUGAACCACCUUAUUUUGUCAGGAGAAAGUUUUAAAUCCUAGUUUUUGAAUUCUGACAUGCAUACAGUAAAAUAAGUUUCAAUCAUUCUCAACAUGAAUUAAAAGUAACCAAAAUUUUACUCAGAACUUGCUGAUGUAUACCAAAUAAGCCACCUAUUUCUGAGUGCUUGGCUGGUUUGAUCCACUUGUUAGUUUGUUCAUAUUAACAGUUCUGUAAGGCAUGCACUUGUUAUAGACUGUAUUUAUGAAAUG